AUGGCAAACGAAUCAGCCCAACUAUGGGGAGGACGUUUCACAGAAAAAACAGAUCCACUUAUGGCUGUAUUCAACAGAAGUUUUCCUCUGGGAAAAAUCAUGUACCGCGAGGAUUUGAAAGGUACUGCGGCAUACGUCACAGCACUUUAUGAAUCAGGUAUUCUUACCGCAAUCGAACUAGAUGAAAUCAACCGCGGUUUGAGAUUAGUGCUUGCAGAAUGGGAAAGCGGAACUUUUCUUGAGAAAUUUGAAGAUGAGGACAUCCAUACCGCCAAUGAACGACGUCUUACGGAGAUUAUUGGUAGCUUGGGCGGUAAAGUGCAUACAGGUCGCUCGCGUAACGACCAAGUAGCUACAGACAUGCGCCUAUACACACUCGACCACCUUGAAAAGAUGCGCCAGCUCUUGAAAUUUCUCAUCCAGACCAUAAUUCAUCGCGCACGCGAUGAAAUUCACGUGCUGAUGCCUGGAUAUACGCAUUUGCAGCGAGCGCAACCCAUCAGAUGGGCCCACCUGUUGAGCUCAUAUGCCACGCAGUUGACAGAUGAUCUUCAACGCUUAGAAAUGGCCACAGACAUAACUAAUAGGUGCCCACUUGGAGCGGGAGCAUUGGCUGGCAACCCUUUUCAGAUUGACAGAAGAGCACUUGCUGAUCAGCUCGGCUUUGCACAAGUUAUUGGAAAUUCCUUGAUGGCCACGGGAGACCGUGGGUUUAUUACAGAUACACUGUACUUGGGAUUUAGCAUUUCGUCACACUUGUCGCGUAUGGCUGAGGACUUGAUUUUGUACUCUAGUGCUGAGUUUGCAUUUUUGAAGCUUUCAGAGGCCUAUUCAACUGGAUCAAGUUUAAUGCCACAAAAAGUUAACCCUGACAGCCUAGAGCUUCUGAGAGGAAAAUGUGGUCGAAUUUUUGGAAAUAUGGCCGGCUUCAUGAUGACAGUUAAGGGCUUGCCUUCAAAUUACAACAAGGACUUAACAGAAGACAAAAGAGUACUAUUUGACACUCUUUCCACCGUUGAAAGUUCCUUACAAAUUGCCACAGGAGUUGUUUCGACGCUAUCCAUCAAUAAAGAAAAUAUGAAAAAUGCCCUGUCGUCGGACAUGUUAGCCACUGAUCUCGCCGAUUACUUGGUAUUAAAAGGUGUCCCUUUUAGAGAAUGUCACCACAUAAUAGGAAGAGUCGUUAAAGCCGCCGAUGCAUUAGGUUAUGGUGGGAUAGACGUUCUGAGCUUAGAAGAGCUGCAAAACAUUGAUCCUAGGUUCGUGGAGGACGUCCAUGAUGUGUUUGACUUCGAGAGCAGCGUGGAGAGAAGAUCAGCUAUAGGGGGUACAGCCAAGAAUUCGAUACUAGAUCAACUAAAUUUGAUCGAAAACAAAAUUUUAUACAUGUGA